GGAAAGUUUUAUUGUCUUUGAGCAGAUUGAGGGGGUAAUGCGGAUCACAGAAAAUCUAGAGAAUAUCGAUUAAAUAGUAUCUGCAUAUUCUGACUGAGCCAUGGACCAAAAGGAAAAGUACAAUACAUCACAACUCAACGGAACACACAGUGAAGAUCUGGUGAAGAAGAGGCAGGACUACCUGGAGUGGCCUGAAUAUUUCAUGGCUGUUGCCUUCUUAUCAGCACAGAGGAGCAAGGACCCCAGUUCACAGGUUGGUGCCUGUAUCGUGAAUCAAGAAAACAAGAUAGUAGGCAUUGGCUACAAUGGCAUGCCCAACGGCUGUGAUGAUGACUUGCUGCCCUGGUCUCGAAGUGCUGAUAACAAGCUGGACACCAAAUACCCCUAUGUGUGCCAUGCGGAGCUAAAUGCCAUCAUGAAUAAGAACUCAGCAGAUGUGAAGGGCUGCACCAUGUACGUGGCACUCUUCCCCUGCAACGAAUGUGCCAAACUCAUCAUUCAAGCAGGUAUAAAGGAUGUGAUCUAUUUGUCAGACAAAUACCACGACUCUCCAGAAAUGUCUGCCUCCCGACGGCUGCUUAACUUGGCAGGAAUUGCAUACAAGCAGUUCGAGCCAAAGCGAGGCAGGAUAGUCAUAGAUUUUAAUUCAAUCAACCACUCCGGAUUGAAUGGUGUCAAUGGCUUUGGGGGGAUUCAGUCGCCAUAAACAAAGAAACUUAAAUAUUGAAUAUAUUGAAAAUAUUCAAAACACAGAGAUACAUUGUUUUUCUUACCUGUGUGAUGACUCAUGUAGACUUAUAUAGUUCACUUUUAUACUUUGUUUUUAAUGUUACUCUUUGAACUUGCAGGAUUUAACUUGUAAAAGUGUUGAAUGUAUUUCUCUUAUGUUCUGCUUCUUAAAUAAAUUUGUAUUAAUUUCCAUGUAAGACAUAAAAAGGUUAAUGGUGAUAUGUGGUUGUGUACUUUUUAAAUUGAAUCUUUGAGUAAUCAGUAUGAGUGAGUUGACAUUAAUGAGAACAUUAAAAUCAAGCUGGAGGCAGAAAUAAAUCCUUACAUUUUGAGCUUUUGCUUGUUAUAUAAAAAGAUCAGAUGUAACUUACAUGUACAUAAAUGUAUAGUGAAAAUUGUCCUCAAUUUUUGGAUACAUUACUUAGACUAGCUAUACAAAAACUAUAUGUUCUGUCAAUUCAUGCUCCAAAGUUCACAUUAUAUUUAGCAUGUUGUGGCUUUGCAGAGUUCAUGGCAACAUUUAACCUUAUUGUGUGGUAUUUAACAAUAUUAUUUUUCUCUAUAAAUAAAAAAAGAGCUUGUGAUGUGCCAGUUAGUUCUGACAAUGUUAAUUUUGCAAUGCAAGUUUUUAAUAGAAGAUUAAAACAUUUAAAAAUGGCAGCAUGUGUUCAAUUUUACUUCAUAUGGAGCUGUUUGCUACUGUUGUAUGUUGUUAUA